CGACGGAGGAAUCAGUUCAGUUUGAUUCUGUUCGGUUGAGUUGAGUUCAGUUGCAGUUUGUUGUCGCGUCGGAGAGCACAUACCAAAAAGUUUCGGCAAUCAAAAACGGAUGAAAAUUUUUGAAUUUUUUUUUUUUGGAUAAAUUUUAUUACGCCAAAAAAAGAAGAAUUCGACGUGUGAAUGAGAAAUGAAAAAUAAAAAUAUAUAUAAAUAUAACGGAAAAUAGUAUUACUGAUAUGCAAAUAAGCGGAAUAUAAACGCACAUCGAAACGUAGCACAAACACACACACACAUACACACCUAUACGUAUAUACAUACAAAUAUAAACUCAACUAAAAUAAACGCAUCAAAUGGCAGCCAUACAAAUCUAAUUACCGAAUAUUAAAUAAAAAUAUAUAAAUAAAUAUUCGAAAGCACAAAAAAAUCAAUGACAUGCACCAAAAUGUUAAACACAACAAAAAACACCGAAAAGCAGCGACAAUAAGUAGUAAAUUUAACAGAAAAACAGCUUCAAAAAUUGUUAAAAAAGAAAAAAUCGGAUCGUAUACCUUCACUAAAUCGGAACAAUCCAUAUAAUUGCAUUUCAACGAGACUUUCAACAUAUCAAAAGCAGCAAAAGCGCAAAGCAGAUAAGAAGACAAGAAGAGGAGAGAAGAGAGAAGAUAGGACAAAUAGCAAUUAAUUGCAGCAAUUUAACACAUAAGGACACUUUACAACAACUUUAGCAGCGAAUACUAAUAACAGCGAAAACUAAUAACAGCGAAAACUUUUGAUGGCAAAAACAACAAAAAUGUCAACAACUUAAACAAUAAGAUGGUACUAUAGCAAACAACAAUAACAACAAUAAUCGCAGUAAUCAUAGUAACAGCAAUUUGAAAUCAAACAACGACUACUUUUAAUCCUUCAAAGCACACACACACACGCACCCAUGCACCCAUGCACACAUACUUUCGCAAAGCAAACAAACGCACUUAACAGCCAACACUAAAACAAUUUACGCCACCGACCACACCCGCACGCACGUACGCAUAUACACAAGCACACACACACAGACACAUACAAAGUAAGGAAACAAGCAUAACAGCUGGCUGGGUUGGUGUGCGAGUGCAUUUUAACAACAAACUUAUUCGUUGGUUCGCAAAGUCGCGCUAAGCGCGUCAAACAACCGCAAAACUGGAGGAGACCGGCGGUAGCGCGAUGAGUUCAAAAGUCAGUUCGUUGGAGGAGAAAGUGAAACUCCCGCCAACGGAGACGAUAAGCCGGUGUUAUCAGCCACCAGGCAAGAAUCGUAAAGUCAUCCGUAUACUUACGGUGGCGGUGUAUGUGCUAUGCGUCUCGUUGGCGGCGAUUAUGUUGUCGCUGUACUACAUCUUCAUUUGGGAUCCAACCAUUAGACCCUUUGUCACUAAGGGCAACCAAUGUGACAAAAUUGUGAUACCAGAGAAAAUCGCCAUACGCCUACUCAAUUCAUCGGAAGUAACCGCCGAGCAAUUCUACAAACACAUACUCGAACAAUAUCGUCUACUCAAUCAGCUACAACAGCAACGACAACAAUUUCUACAAAAACAACAUCUGCAUCUACAACAACUUGCAGCCGGCAAUAAAUUUCAAGAGAUCUUCGCCACAGCGACAAUAAUACAAGCAAAUCCAAAUGAUCCGAUACUUAAACCGGUCACACCCACAAACGGUACCUUCCUACUUGAUCCAUCGCGUCCCAUAGUGAAUAACAUCGAGCCGCGUAUACCCAUAUUGGAUACAGCGCAAGCGCCAAUACCUAUACUGGCACCCGCUUCAGCGCUUGCCACGGCAUCUUCUUCGGCGACGGCGUUGACAGCGGCCAAUACGAGUAACGGACACAACAAACGUAAAUCGCAUCGCAAGCAUUACAACAAUAACAACCAUCAUCGGCACACAUCACGCAAGAAUCAUCGAAAGACCGCUACAGCAGUCGCAGUUAACAACAAUGCGGAUAACAACAAUAACAACAAUGACUAUGAACCCGAGCCAUUUGUAGUGGAGACGCCACCAAUGAAUCCGCCCAUAUUGUCCGUCGUGCAGGAGCCUUACACACAGCUGCCCAUACCGUUAGUUCUAAAUUCGCGUGAGGAUAAGCGUCCGUUAUAUUAUACACAUGGUGAGCGUAGGGGCGGAGCGCGAAAACGGGUAGGUUACGAUACGCAGACAUAUAUGAAUCCGCUGCUGACCGGAGAACUAAUUUUCGAGAAAUAAAAAGCUGAGAUGCGGAGGUAGCCAGAUCGUUAAGACGAAGUAGGGGGUUAGAGGGAAGCAGGAAUACAAAACAAAAAAAAUUACUUUACUUUAACAGACGCGCAGGGUUGGGAUGCAAAGCAUAUUUACAUAGAUAAGCAAAGCAAUAAAUGGUGGUGCGCCGAAAAAUCACAAACCGGGUCAAAAUUGGAUCAUAACCGAUACAAAUAACAACAAAUACUGCCAUUAUUGCCGCCCCAAAACUACAAUGACAGCAGCAGAGCUAUCAUAAUAACUGCAUUGCUGCGGCGACUACUGCUGCUGCUACGGCUGCAAACACCACAAAUACGAGUAACUAUGAAAAAAAUCAGAAAACAAUAAGCAAAACAAAGAGAAAAAACAACAACUAGAGCAUAUAUAGCAAAUUUUUGAAUGUGUAGCAAUUAGUGAUGAAAUAACAACAAAAAACUGAAAAAUUGAAUACCUUAAAAACCACAAAAAAAUCUUAUAUAUCCGUAUACCCAACAAACAAUACACUUGUAAUCGUCUGUAUGUACUGUUUAUACUCGUAUUGUAUGUUUAUAUACUAUAAUCGAAGAAAAAAACCUUCCCGCCUAUACACCAAAAUCACACCACACCACUUUAUAUCUACGUGCAUGGUUCUUAGCCCAUUUGAAGCAGCAUAACAACGCAUAGAAACGCAUAAAACCGCAUGAAAACGCAUUUAUUAUACACCAACACCACCACCACUCGCUAUCACUUUUUCACUCACUUCGCCUUCACCGCCACCACUUGUCACUUUUCACUCACACUCACACCUCACUUGCCCUUUCACCAGUUAUACACGCGCGCAUUUUCUAGUGAAGAAUUUAAUCACCAAAUCGAAUCAAGUACACCACCAAUAAAAAAAAACACCCCAACAAGCAUUUCUGUAAGUGUUUAAAUAAAAAUGUAAAGUAAGUUUGCUAUGGUAACUGUUAAAAAAGUUCUUUAGUUUAAGUUUGUUUUAAGUGUUUGAACAUGAAAAUCGUACUUUGUAAGUAUUGAGAGCAAAUGUUUAAGAAUCACUUAACUUUGAAAGUGAAAUACAAUUGUCCUCUCAUGAAGCGGAACAUAAAGGGUAAUCAAUUUAGAGGUAUUGGAUUUUUAAUUGAAAUAAAACAACGAAAACACCCAUUCAUGAGAUUUAUUUUUUAAAUAUAAUCCCUUUCAAAUGUUGGCCGCAACUGUGCCGUAAUUCGGUCAUCCGUAAACACCAAUUUUGAAUGACUCGCGACUCGCUGGAGGACUUCGGUCGGUAUCUCAUGAAUAACUUUAGUAAUUUUGACUUCCAAUGCCUCAAUCGAAGCUGAUUUAUUCACAAAUCAUUUGCUAUCCAAAGGUCCGAUAUCGCACGAUCUUGGUAGCAAAUCUACUCGUCCGAGUCGAGAGAUGAAUUGCUCACCGAAACGACGACGCAGUAAAUCCAUUGUUUCACGGACUGUAUGGCAAGUAGCGCCAUCCUGUUGGAACCAAAAGUUGUGGAGAUGGCAUAUUUCGAUUUCCGGCAUCAAAAAAUCGUUGAUCAUGGCGCAAUAGCGUUCGGCAUUCACUGUUGCUUUGGCGCCAGCUUCAUAUUUGACGAAAUAUGGGCCGAUGAUUCCUCCAGCCGCACCAAACGGUUGUUUUCAGUGGAUAUAUUGACUGUUCUUGAAUCGUUUCGGGUUUCUCUUCAGCCCAAAUACGACAAUUUUGCUUAUUAAUGUAGCCAUUAAGCUAAAAAUGAGCCUCAUCGCAGAACACCAUAAAUUGGCCUGAACGAGCGAUGAACACUUUUCAUAGAACGUCGAUUUCCGUAACACAAUUAUACGAUUUGUAAACAUUGCUGAGGCGUAAGUCUUUUCAUUAUGAAAUGUCAAUAAAUAUUGAAAAAAAUUAUGUAUAUAGUGAGACAGUGGUCAAGCGCGAUCUGUCAAAAAACCCUAUUGGAAGAGUACCUCCAAUCUGAUCACUCUUUAUAAAAUUUUUCCACAUGCAAAUGAAGCUUUAAAAUAAUUAUAAAAAGACGAAGUAUUUGUAAAACGUUGUGGUACAAAAUAAAUAGAAAUUUCGUACUUAAAAAAUGAGAAAAAAGCUAUGAGAAAAAAAUUUCAAUUUACUUGGGAAUAGUGAAAUCUGGUAUGAACCAAUAGAACAAAUAAUAAUGUUCAGUAUAGUCAAGCGUUUGCUGUGUCAAUCGGUGGAUCUUUCGAUCUUUCAAGUGAUGAAUUCUCCAAACGUGGUUUGCCUACGAUUAUUCGUAUUCUUUUGUGGACGAGUUGAAAGAACACACACUUUUUUAUGUCGACUUACAUGCAAAGCAACAACACAGCUUGUAGAUAUAAAUAUAUUAACCCAGUAGAAUCCAACCAGUGAUGACAGGCAUUCUGGAUCAAAUUUCUCACAGAAAUCGUGCAAAAUAUCUAAAUUACCCAAAUCGAACAAUUUCAGAAAGAGUGCAAAAUACAUUUUCCAGUCAUAAGAAGUAAUAUUAAAUACAUACAUAUGUAUAUAUUUUUUAUUGGAAAAAGUUCAACGCUUUUGGUUUUUAUAGGAAAAUGAAAGCAACAUUUGGAUCUGAAAACUGUAAAUCUUCGAAAAUAUCAUAAAAAGAUAAAUAAAUAAAAUAAAAAUAAAAUAAAAUUAUAUGAGAAACAAAAAUUGGAUUUCCAGCGAAUUGCCAAAAAAUUAACUUUAUGAAAUACUGAAAAUAUUGAUAUUGAUUGUAAAUAGAGCGCAAUGAACGAUUAAUUAUCUAAGAGGAGCGAUUAUUCCUAGUAGAAUUUUGAUAAACUGUGCAUUGAUAAUUGUGUUACCAGAAAAUCCCUUUAAAUGUACCUUUUUCCCUUUAAAUAAUUUUCGCAAAUAGCCACAAUCUGGCAUCAAUAUUUAAUUAUGGCACUAUUGUGAUUGGAACAUUUCCUUUCGAACGUCAUUUGAGGCGCUUUCGAUUCGCCAUUUCUCUGCUCGCUAUGUUUGGGCUGUGCUCACUUGACGAAAGCAACAACAAAGUUAUCGAGCAAGAUUCGCCCACAGCGCCCUUACAAAAGUUAUAUAAAUCACUAUAUCUAAUUGUUCUUUUUGUUUUUUUUUUUUUUGUAUAUCAGGCAGGUUUCAUUAGACCGCAUUCAUAAGGGCCAACUUUUGUUGUUCGAACUCGUAUCUAGUGGAGAGCACCGAGUCGCUCGUGCUCGGUGAACACACUUUGAGUUCUUGGUACUUCUCAAUUUUGUUGGUUGUUGGCUGUAGACUAAAAACUAAAAGAACGAAAAGAAAAUACGCAAAGUUGAAGCAUCAAAAGUUUCCCUGUAUGAACACGAUCUUACUUAUGCUUACCAAGUGCUUCUAAGUAAAUAAAUAAAUAUAUAAAAGAUCAUUUUUGACAGCAGUUUUCCAAUGUUACCAACAUAUUGUUAUUUAUGCCAGUUCCCUCAUACAUUCCCCACUCGCUCACGCAUUCCCCACGCUCGCAUUAAUGUGAAUUGUGAAUCACUGACCGUUUAUAAUAAGGCCGCCAGCAACUCGUAUACAAAAGAACCCGGCUAAUAUUUGUUGAGCAACUGGGAAUGAAUUGCGUACAUUCUUGGGGCAUAAGAAUAAACAUUUACCUUUGGAUGUUACCAUACGAAAACCAAUAGGUUCCACACUUAUUGUACGGAAGAAAAUAUUGCUAAACAAUGAUUUAUAAAAAAAUUGUGUUUUAAACAUUUAUUGUAAGUUUAUACUCACACGCUUACAACCGGGGUGCCGUUACGAUUAUAAUACGCGUACUUUCAAGCGUUUUAUAAAUGAAAAAUCAGCGCUUUGUAAACUUAAUGUUUAUUAGAGUAAACUUAAAAAAAUCUCACUUUAUGUUUAUUUUGCUUGUUGGGGAAAAAAAUUAAAAAAAAAACAAUAUCAAAUUACAUAGUUCUUAUAUGUAUACCAUAUGUAUGUAUUGUUGACUUAGGUAUGGCCUUAAACAAUGGCUCAAGCGCCAAAGUGGUCAGAUGCGAUGAAUUGCGAGAUGAAUUGGUAGUUUGGGUAAAUGCCGGUCGUCUAAAACGAAGAUAGUGGCGAGAAUUCUAGAUGUCCAGAGCAGGAGGUAGAGCAAAAAUGCAUAGCGGAAACAUAAUACAUAGACAUACUAUACAUAUACUAUGUACUUAUGUACUUUACAAAUAAAGCAAUGAAUAUGAAGAACUGCAAAUGAAAGCCUUUAAGUACCAACUACAUACAACUGGCAGCUGCAAGCAGCAAAAAACAAAGAACAAAGAAGAUAAGAAGUAAUCGCAUUACGUAUGUAGUUGCAGUAUCGUAAUUAUUAUCAAAAGUAAUUUAAAAGAUGAAUACCAAACAAUAAAUUCAAAUAAGUUGAAAAAAUGUGUAAUGAAAUGUAAUGAAACAAAAGAGGAAGAUUUUCAA